UAUGCAACAGGCACGUGCAUGUUUAGCGCCACGCAACACACACACACACACACAAUCACACACACACACACACAAUCACAGGUGCCACGCCGAGAAGUUGGCACGGCACGAGUAGCUCUGCGGUUCCGUGAGCGGCCAGCGGGCGGUUGCGCUGGACAUUGUGUGCAUGUACGAGCAGCCGCGAUGGCUGACGGUUGAGGAGUCGCGGGAGCUGCUGGAGAAGGAGGCGGUGGCGCUGUCGCACACAAAGGCGGAAAAGGCGCGGAGCAAGGCACGCAAGGAGGCAGAGCAGGAAGAGGAUGAGGAUGAUGAGGAUGGAGAUGAGGAUGGUGAGGAUGAUAAGAAGGACUCCAAGAAGACAGGGAAGAAGAACAACAAGGGCAAGACAAAGGGCAACAAGGUCAGGGGCAACAAGCACAGCAAAGACACCACCAGCACCAACGACGACGAUGCAAAUGGCGAUGAUGACGAGGAUAAGAAGAGCGAAGGCGAUGUGCUGGAAGCGCUGCGGCGCAAAGCGCGAUCGCACGAGCUCAAGCGGGAUGCGCGCCGGCGCAAGAACGCGGGCAUUGGCGGCAUGCCCAUCAACCCCGUGGAGCUCAAGAAGCUGCACAACAAGCGGCGCGAGCACAACCGGAAGCUCAACCUCAUGGACGAUUAG